AUGGGGCGUGGCGAAUAUUAUCGCAACAACAAAGGAUUUAAACAACGAGUGCAAGCGCCUUUGAGCUCGGCUACUUGGGAUCAACUGGCCAAUAUAUUGCAAAAGAUUCACUCGAGCAAUUACGGUGCAUAUCAUGAUUUGGAACGCGCAUUUAAAUUUCAGAGCGAAAGUCUUAACUUUACUCUCGAAUUCGAUCACAUUCAAAGUGAUCCAUACGCCAGCCCUUCACGGGCUCACGUGACAGUUUCUGCUUCGUCAGCUGCAUUUUCAACCGAGAUGCACGAAGACAAGAUUCGCAAUGUGGCACUGUGCGACUAUUUAACUCGGAUCUUUGCGGUCACUGCUCACAAUUGCGGGGCUAAUGUUAGAAAACAAAGUAAUUCCUGGCAUGGCACUAAGGGUGGUGAUAUCUUGAUUGAUACGCCAGGUCAACAUGUUAUUGAACGCUCAAGUGUUAACGUACUGGUUAAUGGAGACGUGGAAGUCCGCUUCAACACUAAUUUACCCGCUCGUGGUCGCACGAUCUGUGGAGAUUAUGCGUACACAAUAUUAGUUGAGACUUUGCCGAAGUUGAUAGAGCAAUCGUUACUGCUUCGAAAUUUGGAUGUGAACCACUUGUGGAAGCACUUGCAUUCAGUGGAAGACCAGGAGACUUUAAGAGGAAUGCUGAAGGACGAGGGUCUUGUAGGAUUUGUACGUGACGGAGCGAUACUACCUCGACAAUCAGGAGCUUCGGAUCUACCAUUAGAUAGUGAUAAAGCGAUCCAAUUCAAGUCACCGAAGUCGCUACGUAAAGUUUUUAAGCUUCCUAAUUGUGGAGAAGUCACUGGCAUGGGGAUUCCUCGAGGUGUGACAUUGUUUGUCGGGGGAGGAUUUCAUGGUAAAAGUACAAUACUCAAGGCGUUAGAAGUUGGUGUGUACAAUCACAUACCAUCGGAUGGACGAGAGUUUGUGGUGGUCGAUCCUCACGCUGCUAAGAUUCGUUCGGAAGACUCGCGUAGUGUAGUUUGCACAGAUAUCAGUGCAUUCAUCAACAAUCUACCGUUUAAACAGGAUACCACCUGCUUCUCAACUGCCGAUGCUUCGGGAAGUACUUCACAAGCGGCGAAUAUCAUUGAAGCUUUGGAAGUAGGGGCGACGACCUUACUAAUUGACGAAGACACUUGUGCCACGAACUUUAUGAUUCGAGAUUGGAAAAUGCAGCAACUUGUGGCGAAAGAGAAAGAGCCCAUAACACCAUUCAUUUCAAAAGUGCAGGCCCUUUUCAAAGGGCUUGGUGUCUCGUCGAUCCUAGUUAUUGGCGGUGCAGGCGAUUACUUCUCAGUUGCUGACCAUGUAAUUAUGAUGGAUGCAUACGAACCACGAAAUGUGACUAAUGAGGCCAAAACAAUUGCGAGCAAAUAUGGCGAAAUUAGUCAAGACGUGGUCUUUGGUGAUUUUAAAUCGCGGAUCCCUCUAAGUCAAGGAUUUGAGGCAAAAGGCAAAGUUGUCGCGCGAGGUCUUGACAAAAUUCAAUACGGCGAGGUAGAUCUGGAUCUGAGCGCAGUGGAGCAAAUUGUAGAGCCGAGCCAAGUGCGAACGAUUGCUGACGCCCUGCAAAAAGCUCAAUCUUACAUGGACGGCAAGCGCACUCUCAUGGAAGUGCUUACCAAGCUUGAAAGCGAUAUGGAUUCUUCAGGAUCACUUGAUGUUAUUAGUAUUUUUAAGAAGUCAGGCUUUUACACUCGACCUCGCAAGCUCGAGUUGGCUGCUGCAUUUAAUCGCUUACGAACAGCUACAAUAACGCAGUAG